AUGGCGCAAGCAAUCUUGAUGAAAGAGUACAAGGACUUGUCUAAGCAGAAGUGGCUAUCAAUAGAGUUGGUCGAAGAGAAUGUGUUCCUGUGGGACGUAGCCAUACUCGUCACGAAUCCGGACUCUCUCUACUAUGGUGGAUACUUCAAAGCACAGAUGAAGUUCCCAUCAGAUUACCCGUACAAGCCACCCAACUUCCGAUUCACCCGACCACUAUGGCACCCCAACAUCUACCCCGACGGUCGUCUAUGCAUAUCCAUCUUGCAUGCACCAGGCGAGGACGUCAUGUCGGGAGAGUCCGCCGGCGAACGAUGGUCACCAGUCCAGCGUGUUGAGACCGUUCUCAUCUCCAUUAUCUCUCUUCUCGACUCUCCUGAGAUUUCCUCACCCGCCAACGUCGACGCCAGCGUACAGUGUCGAGACCACCAGGACCAGUACAAGGAGCGCGUCAAGCAGGAUGUCAUCACCUCCAAGAAGGACAUCCCCGAAGGUUUCGUCAUGCCUACUCACGAGUCCACCAAGCCACCUAUGGAGGAGAAGGUCGAUGAGGACUUCUGGCAAGACAGUGAUGCGGAGGAACUGGACUUCGACGACGACGACGAUUUCGACUUUGACGACGAUGCUGCCAAUGGGUCCGAGUCAGAUGCUGCGCUCAACAACGAUUCCGAGGAUGAGGAUGAUUUCGACGAAGAUGCUCAGAAUACCGGCAAAGGCAAAUCGAAAGCCAAGGAGGAUGCCGAGAUGACGGACGCAUAA